AUGAUCAAAACAACCCCAGUUCAAAAAAAGGAGGUGCGGCCGCAUACCGAGGCCGAUUUCGCAUGGUCCCGUCCGCACGGUCUCGUGGAAAAGCCAGGCAUGUACCCCGGCGAGCCAGAGGCAUGGGUCUACUGUGACAAGUUCUCCUACGAAGAGGGCGAGACGGUAUCUCUCAAAGUCCACACGACAGCCGAGUAUUUCGACAUCGAGGUUAUCCGUGACGGUUACAAAGCCCACACCGUGUUCCACCAAACGGGUCUAAAAGGCCAGCUUUGUGAUACACCGGGUGAUGCGUACGCCGUCGGCUGCGGUUGGCCCGAAGCGUUGAGCAUCCAUCUAGAAGAGGGGAAAUGGGAGUCGGCCUUUUAUCUUAUCAUUAUUCGCAUCAAAGAAUUCCACGGCCGCGUCUACGAGCGCGAGGGAUUCUUCAUUGUCAAGUCGAAACUUCGCAGCACGUCGGCUAAGGAUACCGCAGACUUCGUCCUUAUCCAUGCUACGUCAACCCUGCUUGCCUACAACGACUGGGGUGGCGCCAACCACUAUAGAGGCAUCAAGGAUGGCUAUCAAGACGAUGAACCGAGUCCGCUCUCUAGUACCCAGCGGCCCAUAGCACGGGGAAUGCUUCGGAUUCCAGCCAACGCGCCGCGCGAGGCGAACGGGCCUAUGGCUAUUGAACAUGGCUCAACGCCACGCUUCCCUGCUCUAGAGUACGCCUGGUAUUUCCGGUACUCGAGACAUUACGCAGAUGCCGGCUGGGCCACGUACGAACGACCUUUCGUGGUAUGGGCGGAGAAAAAUGGCUACAGAGUUCAUCAUCUCACGCAAUCCGAUUUGCACGUUGAGCGCGACUGUCUCCAGGGUUAUUCCACAGCUGUGGCGGUUGGGCACGAUGAGUAUUGGUCGUGGGAACAGCGGGAUACCUUGGACGCUUUCGUGGACGCCGGCGGCAAGUUGGCUCGGUUUGGCGGCAAUUACAUAUGGCAGGUCCGCUUCGACGAGGCGAUGCAGACUCAGUACUGUUACAGGGUCCCGCAAGCCGAUCCCAUAACCGCAACGGACGCCACGCGCGUCACCACCUUUUGGGACUGGACGAAAAUUGGCCGCCCCGGCGCUCAGUCCGUCGGCCUUACGGGCAUAAUGGGCUGUUACACCCGGUAUGGCAUGGCUGCCCCGCGAUCCUCGGGCGGGUUCCAAGUAUACCGGCCAGAGCACUGGGCUUUGGCCGGGUCAGAGCUCCGCUACGGCGAUCAGUUCGGGGCCGACCCUGUCAACAUUGCCGCCUUCGAAGUGGACGGAGUGGACUACUACUUCAAAAAGGGGCUUCCGUAUCCGACCUGCGCCGAUGGUGCGCCCACUAACUUAGAGAUUAUCGCAAUGUGUCCUGCAACAUUUGGCGAACGUGACGUUUCUGGCGGUACGGAGCCUGUCGGCGGUCCACUUCGCGAAGUUCUGGGCGUAAUCGAAAUGACAUACGAAGGUAUGGAAGUCCCCGAGUACUUGAGAGACCGCGAGUAUGGGUCUGGCAUGGUGGCUAGCUUCACAAGAGGGAAAGGCGAGGUCUUUUGUGCUGGUACCUGUGAAUGGGUUGUUGGGUUGAUCAAGCGGGACGUAUUUACGGAAAUCAUUACGAACAACGUCCUCAUGAGAUUUUCUGGUCGUCAAAAACCAACCGAGUGA